GUUACGACGCUUUCAAAACGCAAGAAAUCGUUUUUUUCAAUCUGGGUAAUUGUAUAGAAAACGAGGGCAUAGCACCCUUAAAUAACGGGGUGAUCAAUUUAAAAAUGUCGGGAAGCAACGAACCUAUAGAUAUCUACUAUUUCCCUCCAAGUGCUCCAUCGAGGGCAGCUCUGAUGCUCAUAAAAGCUCUCGGUUUGAAGCACAAUGUCAAAACUGUCGUUUUGCCAAAUGGUGAACAUAUGAAGCCCGAAUUUUUAAAGCUGAAUCCUUUGCAUACCAUACCUGUUAUUGAGGAUAAUGGCUUUACUUUAUAUGAGAGUCACGUUAUAAUGAAAUAUUUGGUGGAUGUAUAUGGAAAAGACGACAGCUUAUUUCCUAAAGAUCCCAAGAAAGGAGCCAUUGUAAAUUUAAGAUGUUACUUUAGCGCGUGCUAUCUAUUUCCGAGAUUUGCUGAAUAUCACGUCCCUACUAUGUUUCAUGGAGUACUACCAUCAGAAGAAGGUCUUAAAAAACUCAAAGAGGUUUUGGAACACCUGAACGGUUUUUUAGAUAACCAAAUGUACGUAGCUGGUCCCACACUAACUGUAGCCGAUUUCGCUAACAUUACUCUCAUAACAACCAUCGACGCAGCCGGCAGCGUAGAUUUAAGAUCUUACCCGAACAUAUGGAUGUGGUACCAGCGGUGUAAGAAAUCCAUGGAAGAAUAUGGAUUCGAAGAAGUCAAUCAGGCGGGAGCAUCGGCCUUUGGUCAGAUGUACAAGACUAAAUUAUCAAGUAUUAAAUGAACGAAAAAAGUUUUUUCAUGUUUAUAAACAUGAUAAUCACUUGUUUAUUUAUAGUUGGUAAAAUCUAUUUUCAAAUAAAGGCACUUUCUAUA